UUUGCCUUUAGGACCGGACCUGCCUGGACGGGUGUAGUUAAACUUAAGAAGACAAGUUUCGCAUGUUUUGUCCGUUACUCGGGCAGACGAAUGAAUAUAAAGCAUGAUUUUGAAGGAAUAAAACCCAUCAAGUCGUGUGACAGUUCACGGUAUUUACUGCUUUAAGAAACUGUAUCUGGUGGAAGAGAAGAUCCAAAGUCUUAGUUAUGGAUCCAGAAAGACAGAAGCGUAAAGAAGAAAUUCAGAAAUCUCUGGGAUUCAUUCAGUCAUCUUUGCCUUUCCCUGAACCUGAAGGUUAUAAGGUAUUUCUGACCCAGCUAGUGUGUAAUUUGCUGGAUGAGGGUAAUGCAGUGUUUCGUGAUGGAGAGUGGACACAGGCAGUUGUACAUUACGGCGAGGGUGUGAAUGUAGCUCGCUAUGCUCAGUCUGAAGCCCUAGUCAUUCCCCAAGAGUUGUUAGAGAGCCUCUACGUGAACCGGGCUGCUGCACACUACAAUCUUGGGGAGUUUGAGCAGGGAGCUCAGGACUGUGACAGUGCACUGUGUGUGUCAGAGGGCAGUCGCAGGGCACUCUACAGGAAGGCACUUUGUCUAAGGGAGAUGGGCCGACUCAGAGAGGCUUAUGAGUGUGGCACUGGAUGCCUACUAACUGCCCCUCAUGACAGACAAGUUAGUGAACUUGCUCAGGAUCUCGCCAACAAACUGGGUUUGAAAAUCCGCAAAGCCUAUGUCAGCCCUCAGCUUGAUUCCACAGCUUCUGGUACAGACAACAGUGGAGAAACUAAUUCUCCUACAGGGGAGACCUCCUCAAAUGGUCUCGAGUCUUUGACUGAUAUUGACUCAGACCUUACAAGUGCCCAAUGCAUCCCUGCCCCUUUGGCAACACCAAUCCCAGUCAGUGAUGACCCCCAAAUGCCCACGCUUAGCCCAAUUUUGCCCCAAGAUAUGCCUGAAAGCCCAAGCCAGGAGCCGUCGGGGCGGGUACCAUACUCUGUGCCUGUAUCUGAACACAUGGAGGAAUGUGUGAUGAAUGAAGAAUGUUUGGAAACAUUGCUGGAAAGUAUUCCUAAAGGUGCUGAAGUCAGUGUGAACCCAGUUCAGGGGGCAAUUCCCACUAACCUUCCAAACACUGCUGUGGGUUUGAGGCCUCCAUACUCUACUAGUCUUCCAGCCGCCUCCUCUCAGCUUAAAACAACCUAUUUCAACUCUGCUGUCAGUUCGCUCUCCCCACUGGAAUCAUUCUCUGUGCUGAGCCAAAGUGAAGCCUCUUCCCAGACAAUGGACUCCCUUUGCUCCUUUAACUCUGGGGUUGGAACAGGAGACACUGGUGGAAAGACAGUGUCUGGAUCACUGAGCACAGGAGGAUUGGAUUCCCUCUCGGAGUACACACUUCCUGGUGGACGAAUCUCUCACAGUUUCAUCCCUGGUUUGCAUAACCAUAAUGCCACCAAUGCAAAUGGCCCAGCAGGUACCAACCUGUCUUUGCUGUCACGAAACCCUCUGACUGUCACACAUGAGUUUAGACAGGCCUGUAAUGCCUGCUACAGUCGUAUAGGGCCCCGGGUCAUGGACUACCAUUAUCAGCCUGAUGCAGCUCAUCGCUGUAAGAGAGAUAUGCUGCUCUGUCGUCUCAAAUCGUCAGACGACCCCACCUGGAAGAGGGUGCGACCCCGUCCUGCACGUAAUAACUUCCUUGGUGCAUUUGUUCUCUGCAAAGAGGUACAGGAGCGUCAGGAGUGCCAGUAUGGUGAGAACUGCACUUUUGCCUAUUGCCAGGAAGAGAUAGAUGUGUGGACCCAAGAGAGGAAGGGAGCUCUAAGCCGAGAGCUUCUGUUUGACCCUCUGGGCACCAACGAAAGGCGGGCCCUCAGUGUCACCCGUCUGCUUCAGCUCCAUAUGGGCAUGUUUAUGUUCCUCUGUGAGGAAUGUUUUGACAGUAAGCCUCGUAUCAUUAGCAAGAGAAGCAAAGAGAAUCUUGCUGUUUGUUCCAACCUCACUGCACGACAUCCCUUUGAUGACAACAAGUGCCUGGUGCACGUGGUUCGCUCAGCAAACGUGCGCUACAGUAAAGUACGUCCUCUUCACCCACUUUGCCAGUUUGACGUGUGCCGCCAUGAAGUGCGUUAUGGCUGCCAGCGGGAGGACAGUUGCUCCUUUGCACACUCAGUCAUUGAGCUCAAGUGUUGGGUGCUUCAGCAGGACACGGGUAUUACCCAUGAAGAGAUGAUGCAGGAGUCUAAAAGACACUGGCACAGAUUGGAACAGAAUGCACAGAGACAAAAGCCCAUGCUUGGACCCCUCUAUCCUACUAGUAGCAACAGCAGUGCUGUCAGCACUACUGCUGUGGUCAGUGGUGGAGGAGACAACAGCAUCAGAGGAGGAGGAUUAGUAGGAUGCGGUCGAGGGCGUGGCCUUAAUCUGAAGAUUAAAUUUGUGUGUGGACAGUGUUGGAGGGAGGGGCAGGUCAACGAGCCAGACAAGUCACUGAAGUACUGCACUGCCAAAGCCAGGCACAGCUGGACAAAAGAGCGUAGGGUGUUGCUAGUGAAAUCAUUUGAGAAGAAAAAGUGGGUGGUAGUGCGACCGCUGCCUUUUUCUCGUACCUACCCACAACAAUAUGAUAUGUGCGUUCAUGUCAUGAAACAGAAGAAGUGCCACUAUAUUGGGAACUGUUCUUUUGCACAUAGUUUGGAGGAGAGGGAUGUGUGGACCUACAUGAAAAACAACAGUUUGAGAGACAUGCAGCAGAUGUACGAGAUGUGGCUAUCGUUGACCAACCAGAACCGGCGCACAGAUAGCACCCACUUGACUCCACCUCUGGAAGAAAAACAGAUCACCAUGCCAACUGACUGUUCUGAGUCAAUGGUUGGGCGGCGGCUGUCUGGAGGUGGAGGGGAUCUGUGACCUUGCAGGCAAUGUGGCUGUCUGGAUGAGACUUCCUGUUCAGAUGUCCCUGUUCUUCCCCACUCUUUCAGUGCCACUCUGGGAAGUACCAGGCCCUAUUGCCCUGCAGGGCAGAGUGCCUGACUAUAGGAUUUACACAUUGAUUGUUGCCACUUAUACACACACACACACACACACAUACACACACACACACACCACCACAUGCUUUAUCGCUAAGUAACAAACACACUUGCACACUCACUGACAUGACUCUUGGCAAAAACUCAUGUAUGUGAAAGUGCACACUGGUACUUUUACAGCUAACUUAAGUAAGUGAAGUUUUUGAGUUCCAUAAAAAACAUUUAUGAGGAGUUGCAGGCAAAAUGUCACAUGUUUUACCUCAAACCUCACUGUUCCCACAGUGCUUGAUUAACUCUUGUCCAAGAUGGACUGGUUCCCCCACUGUCAAGUCAAACCACUUGUCAAGAUGCCACUGAUGUUUAAUUCAGGUAUGCUGUGUCAGAUGGCAUUUGAAGAUUUAUGAAUUUUGUCAGGAUAUAAGAAUGAUGAAGUGGUGCUUAACUCUGUAUUCCUGCCAUAUUGGUAGAGGAGUUUGAAUGUAUUACCAACAGUGGCCAUUUACAAAACAAAUUUAGAAGUGUCAGAUGUAGAAUGUAUUGAUACACGGAGGCAAUUAAGGACUAUCUUUAAAUCCCACCACCAGGCCCAACUGGUCUAUCUUGCAUAAUCCCAGUCACAGAUCUUGCACUGACAUGCACUCAUGUCCUAAAUUAUUCGGUUUGAACUAAGCAAUCGUGGGACAGUGUUUGUGUGGCAGGGCGGAGGGCGGGGCCGGGUCGUGAUCCUACACACCCUGUCCCGUAUUAGGCUAAUUAAGCCUCAGAGGGAUAAAGGUCGACUGCAGGGGAUCGUGCGGGAGAGAGAUCGUUUACGGAUAUGUCCGUCAUGUGUGUGUUUAUAUUGUCUUACGUUUAUCAUUAAAACUAUUAUUUAUAUCGCCAAGCCGGUUCUUGCCUCCUCCUUUCCGGGUUUCGGCACCAGUGUAACGUGAUCAAUGGAAAGGAGGCGGCGAG